CAGGUGUCCAAAGGGGAGUCGGGGGGCCACUUGUGAUCACUUCCGAUCGUUGGUCCCCACCGAAAAGGGUCCAAUUGCUCUAAAGCUUGCAAGAGGGUGAACGUCAGCUGCUAAGUGCUGUGUUCAGAAUGAGGCAGUGGAUUUGUAGGCCUGAACUUGUGAGAAAAGUACUUUGUUAAACCACUGGAGAAAGUAAAAGUAGUCUGCCUGAAAAGUGCUGGGAGAAGAGCUGCGCCACAGAAGAAUCGGGCCCACUAUGGCGCGGGCAACGUUGAACGACUUUGUGGUGAUUGAAGAGCUGAGCAAGGGCAGCUAUGGGGUGGUCUUCAAAGCAAUGAGGAAAGCUGACCGCCGCACUUACGCCCUCAAGAAGAUCCCAAUGGAUGAGCUGACUCGGGAAGAGAAGGAGGAGGUGGUCGAUGAGGCCCGAGUCCUGUCUCAGCUCGACUCCAAGUACGUCGUCAAGUAUUACGACUGCUUCCGAGAGCAGGGCUGUUUGUACAUCGUGAUGGCAUAUGCCGCCAAGGGCAACCUCCACGACCGCAUCCAGAGCUUUCGUGGCCGCCUGCUGCCGGAGCCCCUCGUGUGGAGCUUCUUCCUGCAGACCGUGCUUGGCCUCAACCACAUCCACCAGAACCACAUCAUCCACCGCGACAUUAAGAGCCUCAACAUUUUCUUGGACGCGAAUGACGUCAUCAAGGUAGGCGACCUGGGCGUGGCCAAGCGCACGCAGCGGGGAGCCGCCCGUCCAGGACAGCUGGCAGGGACGCCCGCGUACCUGGCACCGGAGCUGCUGCAAAACAAGCCAUACAGCGUGAGGAGCGACGUCUGGGCGAUGGGCGUGAUCCUGUACGAGCUGUGCACCCGACGGCUGCCCUUCACCUCCGCAACCGACAAGGGCCUCGCCGCAAAGAUCCUGGCAGGCAAGUACGCUCCGAUCAGCCGCGCAGACUACAGCGGCCUCCUCUCCGACAUGAUCCGCAAGCUGCUGCGGCUUACCCCGGGGGAGCGCCCCGACACCGACGAGAUCCUGGCAAUGCCGCCUAUCAAGGCCAAGAUGAAGGAACUCGGCCUCCUCCCUGCAUCCCGUCCUGCCAGCACGGCCGGACUCACGGUCGCGCCCGCGCCCGCGUCUUCGGAGACGCGGCCGCCCGCCGCGCCUACAGUCCACAUUCCGCCGGCGGCUUCUAAAUCCGCGCCUGCCAAACCCGCCCACGUGGACGCGCGUCAGCCGUGCAUCUUGCUGGAUGAAGACGACCCUGCCUCGCCGCAACGCGCGGCCGCCGCCCGCGCGGCCGCGCCGCACAGACCUCUCGAUAAUAGAAGCGCCGCUGAGAACCGGCAGCGGAACGAUCCGGCGGAACGGAGGCCGGAAGGGCGGAAAGAAGCUUGGGGGGGUCCAGGGGAGAGCAGAGAGGACAACCAGGCUGGGGGUGAGAAAGACAGGGGGAGGAGGGACCCCCGCGAAGAGAAGGAGAACGUGCAACGUCAGCAAGCGGAGGCGGCGAGGCCGCGCGUGACGUCACGGUACUGCGUGCGGUGUCGGCGGGAAACGGUGCUGUGCAGCCACGUGCGGCCGGAGAGGGGGCCAACGCUGGAGGAGGGAGCUCCGUUGACCAGCUCUCAGGCGGUGGGCCUUUCCGUCGACCUGGCAGUCUACCAGCCGUCGCCGUUCGCUCGGAGGCAAAACCCGGACAUCCAGCCAACUGCAGGAGUCUCGGAGCUGCGGGCCGGGGCCAAGAAACCGGGGCAAGUCGGAGGACGGACUCGGCCGCAGUCCGCCUACGCGGGCUAUGCUGGGCGGUCGGCUCCUGGAGUACCAAACUGGGCGUUCAUGGGCUCCUCGAUGUACGAGUCAAGGCUGGACUGAGCGGAGUUACGUUCGCGAGCGGGAAGACUCUGCCGUACUAUCUGCCGGUCGUCAUCAAGGGUUGCGGUUCUGGCCCCGUCAAAGACUUGUUUGAUCAGGUUCAGACGCCUCUAGGAUAAGAAAAUGCAAGCCGCACUAGUUGCACGUAAGUCACGAGUCUCUCGAACAAUGGAUCACCGAUGCUGAACCACAACAACUGACUAAUAUAUCAC